CCCGAAAUAGAUGCAGGCGCUGGCUCGCUCACUCACUAAUCGCCACUCUCACCAUAAAUUGUGACCCUCGUCACGCCAACGCUUUCGUUGUUCCCCUUUCUCUCGUUUUUUCUCAGAACCUUCUGAGGUUAAAGCAAAAAACAAAGAGAGAGAGAGAGAGAGAAAAUGAUGAAGCCAUCGAUGCUCAGAUCUCUCCACUCCGCCGCCACCCGCGGCGCCUCUCAUCUCUUCCGCCGUGGGUACGCCUCCGAGCCGGUGCCGGAGCGCAAGGUAGCCGUUCUCGGCGCCGCCGGCGGGAUCGGGCAGCCUCUCUCCCUUCUCAUGAAGCUCAAUCCCCUCGUUUCGAGCCUCUCCCUUUACGAUAUCGCCGGAACUCCCGGCGUCGCCGCCGAUAUCAGCCACAUAAACACCAGAUCUGAGGUAGUGGGGUACCAAGGUGAUGAAGAGCUUGGAAAAGCUUUGGAGGGUGCCGAUGUUGUUAUAAUUCCUGCUGGUGUGCCCAGAAAGCCUGGAAUGACUCGUGAUGAUCUUUUUAACAUCAAUGCUGGCAUUGUUAAGACGCUGUGUACUGCUAUUGCUAAGUAUUGCCCCCAUGCCCUUGUUAACAUGAUAAGCAAUCCUGUGAACUCCACUGUUCCUAUUGCUGCUGAAGUUUUCAAGAAGGCAGGAACUUAUGAUGAGAAGAGAUUGUUUGGUGUUACCACCCUUGAUGUUGUUAGGGCAAAAACUUUCUAUGCUGGGAAAGCCAAUGUUCCAGUUGCUGGUGUUAAUGUACCUGUUGUGGGCGGUCAUGCAGGCAUUACUAUUCUGCCACUAUUUUCUCAAGCCACACCAAAAGCCAAUCUUGAUGAUGAUGUCAUUAAGGCUCUUACAAAGAGGACACAAGAUGGAGGAACAGAAGUUGUAGAAGCUAAGGCUGGAAAGGGUUCUGCAACUUUGUCAAUGGCCUAUGCUGGUGCCCUUUUUGCUGAUGCUUGCCUCAAGGGCCUCAAUGGAGUCCCAGAUGUUGUCGAGUGCUCUUUCGUGCAAUCCACUGUUACUGAACUUCCCUUCUUUGCUUCCAAGGUGAGGCUUGGGACGGUUGGUGUGGAGGAAGUUCUGGGCUUGGGGCACCUCUCAGAUUUUGAGCAACAAGGCCUCGAAAGCCUUAAGCCUGAACUCAAAUCAUCAAUUGAGAAGGGAAUCAAAUUUGCCAACCAGUAAUUGAACAUGUUAUCACAUACAUGUCUGGUAGGUUACUGGAUAUUCCUUUAAGAACCAAAUCAAAUUUUGCAUUCUCAGAACCAUUGAUGUAUUGUUGUCGGCAGUGGUGUGGCGGUUUUGUUGUUUUAUUUAGUGUAGGUAUACGCCAUGGUUUAAUAAUUAAAGUCUGAGAGCUGUUUGUUGCCAAAGGGAUUGAACGAUCUUAAAACCAGGUUUAGGAUUUGGCAUUCCAUUAAUAAUGGUCCCUUUUAACUGUAUGGUUUCACUUAAUGUAAUUGCAGGGUGUUGUACCCUUUAUUCACAUUUUUUCUCACUUAAAUAUGUUUUUGAUUUCUGUGA